CCGGGGUAGAUAAUCUAUCAACAUGUACAAAUCUUCUCCACCGGCAAGUCCAUCACCGACACCACGUUCACACACCUCACACAGUCGCCAAUCGUCAAUAAGUACGCCCGGACAGCAAACUAUACAAUUUGCGGAUGAAGAAAGGGAAAGAAGACGCGCAGAGGAGUGUUUUAACAAUCAAUUAGAAGGUUUUACAUUGCAAGAUCUUGAUUAUGAUGACUAUUAUGACUACUCAGUCGAAUACGGACGCAAUGAUUACGGAUACACGCCUUCAAAAGCUUCAGAAGGUCAUCCAACAGGCAGUACACCAUUGAAAGAUAUUGUGAAUGGUAGUACGCCCGCGCCUGCGUCUUCACGUGCUUUGCUCAGCAAAGAGCUUGAUCGACUUAUCAGCAACAAGCCGGUCAAUCCAUCACCAUUUAAUCCAUCCAGAUUUGGUGGUACGACGUAUGAGGAUACGAACCAUAGUAGAACAUUAGAUGGUGCGCGUUUGCCAGAUCUCACGGGUUUAACAUAUGCUACUGCUUCUCCGGAUAAGGGAAGCACUCACAAGUUAUUAUCAUCCAAGCGCACGCGGUUAGGAAGAGAAGAUGAACAGGUUAUACUCAACAGCAUCAGUAAUUUAGAACAUAAGUUGAACGCACUCAAUGCCGAGAACGCCCAGUCGAAGGAACGGGCGCAGGAGUUAGAAAAUGAAUUGAUCGUAGCAAAGAGAGAAGUCGCACGCGCGAGAGCCAAUAGCGCCCAGGAGGCGGAACAGGAGUGGCAAGCGAAGUGUAAGAUACUCGCUGAUGAGAAGAGAGCACUCGAGGAGAUGGGUAAAACACUGCGUAGUAUAGUCGAAAACCUCAAAGGUGAACUCUCUUCUCAGUCGAAGGUCAUCGACCAGCUCAAGGAGGAUCGGAGUGCAAAUGAAGCCAAACUGGUCGACAAGGACAAGCAAAUUGGAUGGCUAAACGGUCAAGUUAGUAAACUCAACAAGGAUGUUGAUGGGCUCUGGAAAGCCCUCAACGAGGGUAAACAGAAGGAAGAAGACAAUUUGCGUAAAGAGAGAGAAGCCCGCGAGGAAGAGAGAGUAGAUGAGAGACGAAGGGCAGUUAAUGCAGCACAAAGUGUACAGGAGAAGUCAGAAGAGGCACCACCAAAGCUCGUCCUAAGGCCAUUCGGUGCGCACCUUCGCCCUGAUCCCUCCCCUCAAUCAUUCUUCUCUCCAACGAGAGACAGAGCAGCGCGUUCGCAUCCGUCAACAGAGACAGCCCCUGCUGAUCAACCUAAGCAGCAAGAGGCUGAAGAUAAAGCUUCGCCUGUUAAGGAAGUUCCUGCGAUCAAUAUCGAAGAAACUUCAGUUACGGCCACACCGCGUACAUCGAAGCGUUCAACAAAAGAGAAACCAGGAAUUUAUUGGACUUUGCCAGCAUCAACAGGUUCAACGACGAAAACUACGAGGAGGUCAUCUGCUAUUGUACCACCACCUACACCAUCACUUGAGCAAAAAGUGAAUGACGAGGGCUUCGUCGAGGGAUUGAUCGAGCGCAUGGGCAAGAGUUCUUCAGGAUGGGAAAGCAAAGUACCUCCACAGACGGUGCUCGCAAGAGUUGUGCGAGAAUUAGAAGAUGACUUCGCGCAUUACAGGGGCAUCUACUCUGAGAUGUCAGAACAAUUUAAGGUGCUCGAUCCAGCAUCUAAUGCGGCAAAGAGGAGAGUGUUAACCCAGCAUUUGCACCAAGUUAUCACUGUCCUUGAAUCCAAGGCCGAUCAGAUAUCAUCUUUAUAUCAAUUGUUAAAGUAUGGUGAUAAGUCUGUUAGCAAAACGCCUUCAAAGAAAACGCUCAAGACAUGAUUCGUUCGUUCAAUCGGAACGCCUAUGCCAUUUUAUAAAGACGAAGAUAUAAACUAAAUGAUAUGCUAUAUAAUAU